AUGACUCGCUCCACCGUCGCAUCAAUCGCAAAGCAGCCUGCCAACCGCGGCGGUGUAAAGCGCGUCGUUCUAGGCGACCUCUCCUUCCGGACAUGGUAUCAGUCAAUUUAUCCGGAAGAACUCGUCAGUAAGGACACCGAAGAACUAUACGUCUGCCGCUGGUGUUUUCGAUAUACCUGUGACGCGGCAGCCUACGCAAGUCAUGUGAAGCUCUGUGACCGAGGCACCACGCCUCUGGGCGAGAAAGUCUACGAACACGGCGGAUACGCAGUCUGGGAAAUCGACGGGGAAGAUGAUAAACUAUUUGCGCAGAAUUUGUCUUUAUUCGCGAAAUUAUUCCUCGAUCAUAAAUCCGUCUUUUUCGAUGUCUCAUCAUUUUUAUACUACGUUCUCACGUUCACUGAUCCCAACACACCAGACGAUUAUUAUGUGCUCGGGUAUUUCUCCAAGGAGAAAUUGUCCUGGGAUCUGAAUAACCUCGCUUGCAUCCUCAUAUUCCCUCCAUACCAACACAAGAAGCUAGGCAGGCUUCUAAUGGGCGUCAGCUACAAACUAAGUGCAUGGGAAUGGGAAGGAGGGUUAAUCGGCGGACCCGAACGGCCACUCAGUGAACUGGGUCACCGAAGCUAUACACGGUUUUGGGAAGAGCGUAUGGCACGGUAUCUCUUACUUGGUCCACCGGGUGGAGACCCAGAGGAGUAUAUCCAGCAGGCUCGGCAGAAGAAACAGGCAGCCAUGAAAGCGGCCGCGUUGAGAAAAAAUUCCCCGCCUAGGGAACGCAUGACGGUGCGAGAAAUUGGCCAGGCUACUGGAAUGUUGCCUGAAGAUGUUAUUACGGCUUUGAAAGGGAUGGGUGUAGUGGAUCCAGAGCAGCAGACUACUAAUAAACGGAAGAAUACGACUUCGACAGACGGUGAGACGGUCAUUAUCCGCAAAUCGAAUGUGCUGGAAUGGACAAAGAUUCAUAAUGUCACCCUCCGAGAUCCGGUGAGAGAGGAUGGAUUUAUUGGCGAAUGGGCUCCUGAGAGACUCCAAAUGCAAGAAGAGAGUGAUGCUUAG